AUGAAACUAAAUGUCAGGUAAUGUUUAUGGUUUCUGUACUUAUUUGAGUUUUAGUAUUUUGAUUUGAGAUAUAUAGUAUUGUUGCAUUUGGGAGAAAUUGAUAGAUUUUAAGUUAAUUUGUUCAUACUUUCGUAUAAUCAAUGAAUGUCGACGUGGCCUCUAAUAAAAAUCAUCGUAUGUAAACUGUCGCAUAUCUAAAGGUUACUAAAAAACACAUUUACUGGUGUUCUGAAUAAUCUAAACCUAUCAAAGAUGGAUGAACAUAGAAGUGUAGAGGAUACGCCGGCGUCUCAAAGGCUUACCAAUGAAGACUUUAGGAAGCUGCUUAUGACGCCGAGAUCGACACCAUCUGGGGCUCACCCAGCUGGUUCGAUACGAGAAGCAAUGGCAAAUGCUGGUUCAAUGCCACCCCCAGCGGAGAAUAAAAGUGAGUUGCGGAGGAAGAAGAAAUCUUAUUAUGCCGCUUUAAAAAAGCAAGAGGAUAAUAAACUAGCAGAAUUGGCAGAAAAGUACAGAGACAGGGCUAGGGAACGGCGGGACGGUUUGCAGGAUGUUAAUCCCUUGGAUCCAACAAGUAACACUAGCAGUGCUUAUAGAGCUGUUGCACCAGAUGCGAAAUCUGGAAUGGAUGCAAAAGAAAGGAGAAGACAAAUGAUCCAGGAAUCUAAAUAUCUUGGUGGUGACAUGGAGCACACUCACUUGGUGAAAGGUCUUGAUUAUGCUCUGUUGCAAAAGGUGCGUUCUGAAAUUCAAACGCGAGAACAGGAACAGGAAGCGGAAAUGGAGAGAUUAGUCACAGCCCCUGUUGAAGAAGUCAAGGAGAAAAAGGAAGUACCCGUGGAGGAAGAGAUGCAAUUUGAGAUACCAAUGGCCAAAAAUAUCUACAACAUGAUUUUGGAACAGAAAUCGAAAAAGGUCACCAGGAAUGAGUUAUUCGCCCCCGGCCGUAUGGCGUACGUGGUGGAGCUGGACGAGGAGGGGACAAUAGACAGCGACAUACCGACAACGCUCACCCGGAGCAAGGCGGAUGUUCCAGAACUAGACGAGAGGAGCUCAGCGUCGGCUGCGAACGACGUCGUGAUCGAUAAACUCGCGCAAAUAUUCUCUUACUUGAGACACGGCAGACAUAGGAAGCUGAAGAAGAUGAAAGAAAAGGGCGGUGAAAAAGGUCGUAACGAUGAUUCAAUAUAUGGCGAUAUUGGUGACUACGUAGCCGGGGACAGGAGAAGUGACCGUCGCGAGGAUAGACCGAGGUCGAGCUAUUUCGAUAAGCCUGUCGAGACUGAGAAGGAAGAAGGGCCGGGGCCGGUGGGGCGGAGGCCCGGCACGGUGGAGGAGCGCGACAAGCGGUCCGCGGCGCUGCUGUCGCGCCUCGCGGCGGAGCCCGAGGGCUACGCGGAGUGCUAUCCGGGGCUGAGGGAGAUGGACGACGCGAUCGAUGACUCGGAUGACGAGGUGGACUACUCCAAGAUGGACGCGGGGAACAAGAAAGGGCCUAUCGGUCGUUGGGACUUCGACACGCAAGAAGAGUACUCGGCGUACAUGAGCAGCAAGGAGGCUCUGCCGAAGGCCGCGUUCCAGUACGGGGUGAAAACUCAAGACGGAAGGAAGACGAGAAAGACCAAGGACAAGAGCGAGAAGGCGGAGCUCGAUAGGGAGUGGCAACAAAUUCAAAAUAUAAUCCAAAAACGAAAAGCGCCGCAAUACACUUCAGAUGAGCCCGGAUACAAAACGCCUAAAUAUUAAGAAAAGGGUUUUAAUAAAUGCUGUAAUACUUUACUACUUUUAUUAUUUAUGUAUCUGAAGUGUUUUAAAUACAUAAGGACACCUUUUAACACUAAACAUUAAGUUGUAACAACCUUGAUAUAGUACAUAUAAGUUGUUAAAUAAUUAAUUUACGAAAUUUUUUGUGUUAAUAUAAGAUGUAAAUAAAAAUUGAA